CGUCGUUGGUCGUCCGCGCCACCUCGGAGAGUAUUUGUGGCACAAGCCUGCCGGUCUCAGGGCAAAUCGGAUCCCGUUUCCUCGGGGGCACCACUUCUGCCAGCCGGUAUGCUUGCGCCGGGCGGACUGGUGCGCCCUGCGAGUUGCCCUGGAUGCCGGAGAGCUGGCGAGGGCUGCCGGCGGGGGCCUCGCCUGGUGGCGGGCGGCCUCGGGCGGACGGAGGCAGGGGCCGAGCCGCCGGGCGAGCGUGCCGCGCCGAGCCGUGCGGAGCUCGGGGGGGCAGCUGCCGAGCUCCCGCGGCUGCGGGCCGAGGCGGGCCGGCGCCUCGCGGCGCGGGAGGCCCUGGCGAGGUCGGAGCACGCCUCGAGGCGGGCGCCAGGGAGCCCCGGGGGGCGGAGCGGUGGAGCGCCGCGCUGCAGCUGCUCCGCGACGCGCGGCACCUGCGCGGGGAGGUCGGCUCCCGCAGCUACGCUGCGGCCGCCGUCGCGUGCGGGAGGGGCAAGCAGUGGCGGCAGGCGUUGCCGCUCCUCGGCGAGCUGGUCGGGGCGAGGCUGGAGCCCAGCGUGUUGUAGUUACAGCACCGGGAUCAGCGCGUGCGAGAAAUGCGGACAGUGGCUUCCGGCUUUGUCGUUGUUUGUCGAGCUGCGGCAUGCGAGGUUGCAGCACGACGUCGUCAGCUACAGUGCUGGGGUCAGCGCGUGCGAGAAAGGUAGGCAGUGGCGGCAGGCUCUACACCUGCUUAGCGAGAUUUGGGAAGAGAUGUUGGAACCCGACCUUCAGUCAGCUAUAGCGCUGGGAUCAGCGCGUGCGAGAAAGGGGGGCCGUGGCAGCAGGCGCUGUCGGUGUUCAGCGGCAUGUGGUGGGCGGUGCAGAUGGCGCGCAACGUCGUCAGCUACAACGCCGGGAUAAGCGCGUGCGAGAAGAGCGGUGAGUGGCGGCGCGCCCUGUGGCUUCUGGGCGAGAUGCGGGAGGAGAAGCUGGAGCGCGACGUCACCGUUAGCUACAAUGCUGGGGUCAGCGCGUGUGAGAAGUGCAGGCAGUGGCAGCACGCUCUGUCAUUGUUUCGCGAGAUAAGGGACGACGCGUUGGAGCCUAAUGUCAUCAGCUACAGCGCUGGGAUCAGCGCGUGCGAGAAAGGGGGGCAAUGGCAGCAGUCUCUGUCGCUGCUCAGCGAGAUGCGGGAUGCAACAUUGGAGCCUGACGUAGUCUCAGCUACAACGCUUGCAUCAGCGCAUGCGAGAAUGGCGGACAAUGGCAGCAUGCGCUAUUGUUGCUCAGCGGGAUGCGGGAAGCGAGGUUGAUGCCCACCGUCAUCAGCUACAGCGGCAGGCUCAGCGCGUGUGAUAAAGGCGGGCAGUGGCAGCAGGCUCUGUCAUUGCUCAGCGAGAUGACCAUGGCGAGGCUGGAGCCCGGCAUUAUCAGCUACAGCGCCGGGACCAGUGCGUGCGUGACCGGCGGGCCGUGGCGAGAAGCUGUGCGGUUGUUUAGAGAUGUGCGGGAUGCGAAGGUGGACCCUGAUGUCAUCCUUUACAGUGCGGGGGUGUCUGCGUACGAGAAGGGCGGGCGCUGGCAGCAGGCCCUGUCGCUGCUCGGCGAGAUGCGGGGCGCGCACCUGGAGCCCGAUGCUGUCAGCUACAGCGCCGGGAUCAGCGCGUGCGAGCAGGGCGCGGAGGCAUGAGCGCGCCCAGCGGCGGUGCCGCACUCGCCGCCUCUGCCUCGCCGCUGCUGUUGCGGGGCUCUGGUCCACCCGCGCCGCCCCCGAGGGGCCAGCCUUCGGGUGGCCCCCACACGGUGUGGUGACCAUACCGCGUGGUGAGCCAGUGGGGAUUUGAGGUCUCACCGUACGGUUUCGGGGUCGGGUUGUUCUCCUCCGACGUCUCGGGCGACCAGGUUCUCCGAGGUCCCCAAGGCCAGGGGGUGACGGACCGCGCAGUGGGGUCUCUUGAGCUUUCGAGGUCGCUGCGCGGUCCGUCAGCACGCGUCCUUGGUUUGGACCCCCGAGUCAGCCGCGCGCAG